UCAUCCGUCAAAUGCCCGAAGCUUAUCCUGAAAUUCACACUGACGUUGGUGACACAUAAACUUAGUGGGUGCCAGUUGAUAGUUUCCGAAAGAUUUGGAAUUAAACAGGCACAGCCUCAAGGACAAUGCGAAACAACAAACACAGCCGAGAAAGGGCUCGGAAAUUUGGGCUUCAAAUCCACUGAUGGAUCUCUGAGAUUAAGGAACCAUGUGGCGGAAGCAACGGAAAUACUCGAGGUACUGUUAUCCUACCUAGAUUGAGUAUGAACGCAUUUGAUAGUGUGAUCAGGAACAUGAGAUGUUUUUUGGGGGAAAAAAUAAAAAUAAAAAAUAAAAAAAAAAAUUGUGAAAAGCACUAAUCGAUGACCCAUUUGCCCUCUACUAUCAAACUUCUAUUCCGGAACAUCCUUUUCCCCUUCCUUUUCGUCACGUGAGGCGACCCACCCUUUCCUCUCACACUGUUUGCUUAUAAAUCCCUGCUUUUACUACCCCCUUUUCGUCUGUAACUAGCCUCCUUCAGGGGUGUGGUACAAUCACCCUUUUUCAAUUUCAAUUGCCCUCUACUGUUUGACAUGUGCCUUCUUGAACUGUUUUGUGCUCAUAUUCAACGUGAUUUUAUACGGUGUACAAGGCACAAGAACACUGUUGAGAAGCGUGCCCGUCUCGAUUUAUCGACUUGUACGCCACCCCGCACCUGGUGUCACGUAAUAUCAGAUAUGCGGAAACGACUGUGGAGAGCGAAUUCGCAUGUAGCACGAGGCACUAAAGAACCCGUGGUUUGGUCCACAGGACGAGUUCGACGCAUGUGAUGGACCUGAUUGAGACACACAUGCACGGGUGCACUGAAGCUUCUGUCACCCUAGAUAUCGUCGAGCAACUAUAUAUGUAUCUGCGCAUUCAAUCCUAUCGACAGACCUUCCAAAUGCUGCAGAUCAUCGAAUCGCGUUAUCUUGACUUGGAAAAGAUCAAGAAGCUUUGUAGAGAGAAAUGGGGAGAAGACGGGUGGAGAAUCAAUUUCGACAAUCAAACUGAAAGAUGGACUUUCAAUUUGCCAGAAAAGUUGACUGAAGAAGAACUUGAGCGAUGCGAAACAAGGCAUAGGGAGUGAGCUUCGUGAAUUGAGGUUCAUCUGAAUGUGCUUGUACAAUGGCGGUGAUUGUGGUCGUGCUACAGCGAAGGUCUUUGAUGGAGAGGACAUCACCAGGCAUUC